CGUGAAACGCUGAAGAAACGUGUUAAAACUUGACGGAAGGUUUUUUCUAACGGACAAGAUGGACGCACAAUGUUUUUAAUGUGUUGCUAAGGAGAAAUCAUUUUUAAAUAUUUAGUUAGUUUUAGCUUUAUUUGUCGUCUGGGUAGCGGGAUUAGUUGUAAAGUUUGUCAAACUAUAAUUUAACGGUUACUGACGGAAACGAGAAGGCAAGCAAAACGUGACCUAUCAAAAUAAAAGCAGCAUGGCACUGCUGGAAAAUAAAAGCUCAGAAGCUGCUGAUAAUAAUAAAAUAACAUCAUGUGAAGAAGAACAAGAAGUGGAGUUGAAAGAUGAAGUUUCUGCUGCUAGAGUUUUAUCCCAGGAGGAGCUGCAGAGACUGGGCAGUGAGAAGACUCUGGUGUCUGACUUUAAGCAGAUGAAGUUGGAGAAAGAAGCUCAGAAAAACUGGGAUUUGUUUUAUAAAAGAAACACCACCAAUUUCUUCAAGGACAGACACUGGACCACCAGAGAGUUUGAAGAGCUGAAAGCAUGCAGAGAGUUUGAGUCUCAGAGGUUGGUGCUGCUGGAGGCCGGAUGCGGAGUGGGUAACUGCAUCUUCCCUCUGCUGGAGGACGACCUCAACAUCUUCGCUUACGCCUGUGACUUCUCACCACGAGCGGUUGAAUUUGUCAAACAAAACCCACUGUACUGCCCCGAGCGCUGCUGUGCCUUCCAGUGCGAUUUAACCAAAGAUGACCUGAGGGAUAAUGUGCCGGAGAGCAGCGUGGACGUCAUCAUGCUCAUCUUCGUCCUGUCGGCCAUCCAUCCAGACAAGAUGAAGCUGGCGUUGCAGAACAUCAGCAGGGUGCUGAAGCCCGGUGGCAUCGUCCUGUUCAGGGACUACGGCCUGCACGAUCACGCCAUGCUCCGAUUUAAAGCCGGCAGCAAACUGGGGGAGAACUUCUAUGUCCGACAAGACGGCACCAGGUCCUACUUCUUCUCUAAAGAGUUGCUGGCUGAGCUGUUUGAGGAGGCGGGUUUCCAGUCUGUCACUAACGAUUACGUCCUGAGAGAGACGGUCAACAAGAAGGAGGGCCUUUGUGUUCCCAGAGUGUUCCUGCAGAGCAAAUUCACCAAACCUGCCCCGUCACAGAGCUCCUGAUGAUGCUUAUAGAUCUCCAGAUGUUUGGAGAAACUAUAAGUCUAAGCGAUGAUUAUAUUCCUUGAGAGGAAGUAUCUUACAGGUGGCCUCCACAUUGCUGGAUAUGAAUUCUUCCUUUCUCUUCUUUCUGGUAUGACAUUACACCAGUUGUCCAGAAGAGUGUGCAGUUGGUCAUUUAGAGAGAAGAGGAGCCAGAACAUAAAACCUCAGCGUGAUUCAGCAGCUAUACUGAAGUGACUGUGACAGUUUCAAGGUGAAGAUGAGCUCUUGGUUAACUUACAGUGCAGAGAAUCGUCCAUAUUAAGGCCUAAAGAGAGAGAGAGGGAGAGUGCUGCUGACUCAUGGGGGCUUCUCGUAAACUUCCUGUACAGACAAUCAGAAACCAGCACCCACACAGUCCGGUAACCAUGUUAUUUUGGAAGGCAUAACACAUUAUUCACUUCUGUAACCAAACAUCUUCAGUUUUUUGUACAAUCAAUCUGUCUGAUAUAUUUACUGUGCUGAUUUCUGCAUUAAUGUCUGUUGCCUUAAUAUGUCUCUGUAUAAUAUAACAUGCUGUAUCACUCAUGGAUCCAUAUAUCAGUGCUAAUAUCGGUUGCAUUUUCUUAUUAGAUUCUGGACUAUCUGUAAAUUCAGUUGUGAAAAACUGGAGGAAAUAUCAGCUGGAUUCAACACUUCCUCUUAAAUUUUGAUAUGAAGUUUUACUGAUGUAGCUUUGUUAGCUUUUCACAGACUCUGCUGACAUUUUAUUCAUUGGAAGAAAAAAUUCACUGGACAAGAAAAACUUUGAAAUGAUCAUGAAUGAAAUUAAAACGUAUUACAAUAUUGCCACAAUCAGUUCAUUUAGUCUUUUGAAGCACAAACACCAACAGAUUUUACUGUGUUUUUCCAGCAUUUCUACACAAAAGUCUUAAAGCAUCGUCCUCUGAUUAGAAGUUGAUCACCUGCCAAACUCUGUUUACAAGGGGCCAAAAAUUGAAAUGUCGCAGUUUUUUUAUGGUUUUAUGUUUUAACCACCAGGCUACCAGGACGGCCUACAGUGUGCAGUUUAUAUGUAACAUCAGACUUCCAUGUGGUCUGCAACAAAAACAGUAGUGUUGCAAUGAUUAAUCAGUCAAGUGAUGGACAGAAAA